CCCUCGGGCCGCAGAGUGCGCGAGGCCCUAGGCCGGGAGUUGUUGUCAGGCCCAGGCCACUUCUGAGGCGCCCGCCGUGUGUCGCCGCCACCACUGGAGGACGACGUCGACGCGGAGGAGGAGGCGGCGGAGGCGUGUUGUUGUCUCACCCACUCCCCUCCCAGAACUCGCACCCAACGUCAGGGCGCAAUGGAGUGAAGCGGCGACGAAGGUGGUACUUCCGCGUUGCGCUGCCGGAGCCCAGAGCGCGGCCGAGGCCGCUCCCCCACCCCCGGGGGCACUUGGAGGACUCCGGACGCCCCCGCAGGUCAGCGCCCGGCGCAUCUGGUGUUUUUGCUCCUAGGAAGAGGACGACAGACGUACGAUCGGAAGCCCUGCCGCCCGAUUGCUGCUGACCCCCGACUCGGAGGCCGCCGCCUACCCCACUGUGACCUGGAACCCGGGGACUCGCGUCCCGACUUGGAUUAUCGUGGCUCGUCUGCCGACCGACCCCGCUGCUCGGUGUCCCUCCGCCGCCGAUCCCGUUUCCGGCGGGGGAGAUGGCCAGGAUCUGACCCCGAGGAGGCCGCACCCGCGCCGCGCUCUGCGGCGGGCUCUAGGCAAUGCCGAGCAGCUCGGACACGGCGCUGGGGGGAGGCGGGGGCCUGAGCUGGGCGGAGAAGAAGUUGGAGGAACGUCGCAAGCGGAGGCGAUUUCUGUCCCCUCAGCAGCCGCCGCUGCUGUUGCCGCUCCUGCAGCCGCAGCUCCUGCAACCGCCGCCGCCCCCGCCGCCUCUGCUCUUCCUGGCUGCUCCCGGCACGGCCGCCGCCGCAGCCGCCGCCGCCGCGGCCUCCUCCUCUUGCUUCAGCCCGGGCCCCCCUCUGGAGGUCAAGCGGCUGGCGAGAGGCAAGAGGCGCCCAGGAGGGCGGCAGAAGCGGCGCCGCGGGCCCCGUGCCGGGCAGGAGGCGGAGAAGCGUCGGGUCUUCUCGCUGCCCCAGCCGCAGCAGGACGGCGGUGGCGGUGCUAGUAGCGGCGGGGGUGUGACCCCGCUGGUGGAAUACGAGGAUGUGAGCUCCCAGUCCGAGCAGGGGCUGCUGCUGGGGGGGGCCAGCGCGGCAACGGCGGCGACGGCUGCCGGGGGAACUGGGGGCAGCGGCGGGAGCCCGGCCUCCUCCUCUGGCACCCAGCGGCGAGGGGAGGGGUCGGAGCGCCGGCCCCGCCGGGACCGCCGCAGCAGCAGCGGCCGCAGCAAGGAGCGCCACCGCGAGCACCGGCGGCGGGACGGGCAGCGCGGCGGCAGCGAGGCCUCCAAGUCGCGCAGCCGCCACAGCCACAGCGGCGAGGAGCGGGCCGAGGCCGCCAAGAGCGGCAGCAGCAGCAGCAGCGGAGGCCGCCGGAAAAGCGCCUCGGCCACGUCCAGCAGCAGUAGCAGCCGCAAGGACCGAGACCCGAAGGCCCACCGGAGCCGGACUAAGUCGGCCAAGGAGACGCCUUCGGCCUACAAGGAGCCGCCCAAGGCCUAUCGGGAGGACAAGACCGAGCCCAAGGCCUACAGGCGGCGGCAGCGGUCCCCGAGCCCGCUGGGAGCCCGGGACGACAGCCCGGUGUCCCACAGGGCCUCGCAGAGCCUGAGGAGCCGCAAGUCCCCCAGCCCGGCAGGAGGUGGCAGCAGUCCCUAUUCUCGGCGGCUGGCGCGCUCCCCGAGCCCCUACAGCCGCCGCCGUUCGCCCAGCUACAGCCGCCACAGCUCCUACGAGCGGGGUGGCGACGUGUCCCCCAGCCCUUACAGCAGCAGCAGCUGGCGCCGCUCCCGGAGCCCCUACAGCCCGGUGAUCAGACGGUCUGCCAAGUCCCGAAGCAGAAGCCCAUAUUCUAGACAUUCAAGAUCUCGUAGUAGACACAGAUUGUCUAGAUCCAGAAGUCGUCAUUCUAGCAUUUCUCCUAGCACACUAACUCUGAAGAGUAGCCUGGCAGCUGAAUUGAACAAGAAUAAAAAAGCACGAGCUGCUGAAGCAGCAAGAGCUGCAGAAGCAGCAAAGGCUGCAGAAGCAGCUAAGGCUGCUGAGGCUGCUGCCAAAGCUGCCAAAGCUUCAAACGCUUCUACACCUACCAAGGGGAACACAGAAACUGGUGCCAAUGCAUCACAAACAAACCAUGUGAAGGAUGUGAAGAAACUUAAAACUGAGCAUGCACCCUCUCCUUUAAGUGCUGGAACUUUAAAAAAUGACAAGACAAAAGCAAAGGCACCUCUUCAGGGAACAAAGGUGGACAAUAAUUUGAUUGUAGAUAAAGCCACCAAGAAAGCAGUUGUAGUUGCGAAGGAGAGUAAAUCUGCUGCUACAAAGGAGGACUCAGUAUCUCUCAAAGAGAAAACCAAACCACUUACACCAAGCAUAGGAGCCAAGGAAAAGGAGCAACAUGUGUCUUUAGUGACCUCUACAUUACCACCAUUACCUUUGCCUCCCAUGCUGCCUGAAGAUAAAGAUACUGAUAGCUUCCGAGGAAAUAUUUCGGUAAAAGCAGUUAAAAAAGAAGUAGAAAAGAAACUACGAUGUCUACUUGCUGAUUUACCACUGCCCCCUGAGCUCCCAGGAGGAGAUGACCUUUCAAAGAGCCCAGAGGAAAAGAAAACAUCAACACAGUUACAUAAUAAAAGGAGACCUAAAAUAUGUGGGCCUCGCUAUGGUGAAAUCAAAGAAAAAGAUAUUGACUGGGGAAAACGCUGCGUGGAUAAAUUUGAUAUCAUUGGAAUUAUUGGAGAAGGUACCUAUGGACAAGUUUACAAGGCCAGGGAUAAAGACACUGGAGAAAUGGUAGCCUUAAAAAAAGUACGUCUAGAUAAUGAAAAGGAAGGCUUUCCUAUAACAGCAAUUCGAGAAAUUAAAAUUCUACGGCAGCUUACCCACCAGAGUAUUAUCAAUAUGAAGGAAAUAGUGACGGAUAAAGAAGAUGCUUUGGAUUUUAAGAAGGAUAAAGGUGCAUUUUAUCUGGUUUUUGAAUAUAUGGACCAUGACCUGAUGGGACUACUGGAGUCAGGCUUGGUACAUUUUAAUGAAAAUCACAUAAAAUCCUUUAUGAGACAACUCAUGGAAGGUCUGGAUUACUGUCAUAAGAAGAACUUUUUGCAUAGAGAUAUUAAAUGUUCAAAUAUUCUUCUAAAUAAUAGAGGGCAGAUAAAGCUUGCAGAUUUUGGACUUGCUCGAUUGUAUAGCUCUGAAGAAAGUCGGCCAUAUACUAACAAGGUCAUCACACUAUGGUACCGCCCUCCUGAACUGCUGUUGGGAGAAGAACGAUAUACACCAGCUAUUGAUGUGUGGAGCUGUGGAUGUAUCCUUGGUGAACUCUUCACUAAAAAACCUAUAUUCCAAGCAAACCAGGAACUUGCACAGCUAGAAUUAAUAAGCCGUAUAUGUGGGAGUCCAUGUCCUGCAGUGUGGCCUGAUGUAAUCAAAUUACCAUAUUUCAACACCAUGAAACCAAAGAAGCAAUAUCGUCGAAAGUUACGAGAAGAAUUUGUUUUUAUUCCUGCAGCUGCACUAGACUUAUUUGAUUACAUGCUCGCCUUGGAUCCUAGUAAGCGCUGCACUGCAGAACAAGCUCUUCAGUGUGAGUUCCUACGAGAUGUGGAACCCUCAAAAAUGCCUCCACCAGACCUUCCUUUAUGGCAAGAUUGUCAUGAAUUAUGGAGUAAAAAGCGAAGACGACAAAAGCAGAUGGGCAUGACUGAUGAUGGUUCCACAAUUAAAGCUCCCAGAAAAGACUUGUCUCUGGGCUUAGAUGACAGCAGAACCAGCACACCUCAGGGUGCACUGCCAUCUUCACAACUGAAAACUCAGGGCAACUCGAAUGUAGCACCUGUAAAAACAGGCCCUGGACAACAGUUAAACCACAGUGAAUUGGCAAUUCUACUAAACCUACUACAAUCUAAAACCAGUGUUAAUAUGGCUGAUUUUGUCCAAGUGUUGAACAUUAAGGUAAACUCUGAGACUCAACAGCAGCUAAAUAAAAUAAACCUUCCUGCUGGAAUUUUGGCAACAGGUGAAAAACAGACAGAUCCAUCAACACCACAGCAGGAGUCUUCGAAACCAUUGGGAGGAAUUCAGCCUUCUCAGAGUGUCCAGCCUAAGGUGGAGACUGAUGCUGCCCAGGCGGCUGUGCAGAGUGCAUUUGCAGUUCUGUUGACUCAGUUAAUAAAGGCACAGCAGUCAAAGCAGAAAGACGCGCUGCUAGAAGAGAGAGAAAAUGGGUCGGGACAUGAAGCAUCAUUGCAACUCAGGCCACCUCCAGAACCGAGCACUCCAGUCUCGGGGCAAGAUGACCUCAUCCAGCACCAAGAUAUGAGGAUAUUGGAGCUCACACCAGAACCAGAACGGCCUCGUAUUCUGCCUCCUGAUCAACGACCUCCUGAACCACCUGAACCACCACCAGUCACUGAAGAAGAUCUGGACUAUCGGACAGAAAACCAGCACGUACCCACUACUAGUUCUUCGUUAACUGACCCUCAUGCUGGAGUGAAAGCUGCCCUGUUACAACUACUUGCUCAGCAUCAACCCCAAGAUGAUCCCAAAAGAGAAGUUGGUAUUGAUUACCAAGCAGGAGACACUUACGUCCCUACUUCUGACUAUAAGGACAAUUUUGGAUCUUCUUCUUUCUCUUCUGCUCCUUAUGUUAGCAAUGAUGGUCUAGGAGGUAGCUCUGCUCCAACAUUGGAACGACGUAGCUUCAUUGGAAACUCAGAUAUUCAGCCUUUGGAUAACUACAGUACUUCUUCAUCUCAUUCUGGUGGUCCACCUCAGCCUUCUGCCUUUUCUGAGUCAUUUCCCAAUUCAGUAGCUGCAUAUGGAGACAUUUACCUCAAUACUGCUCCCAUGUUGUUUAGUGGAGACAAGGACCAUAGAUUUGAAUAUAGCCAUGGCCCCAUUGCAGUCUUGGCAAAUAGCAGUGACCCUUCCACAGGGCCAGAAAGUACUCAUCCUUUGCCAGCAAAGAUGCACAACUAUAACUAUGGUGGUAACUUACAGGAAAACCCUGGUGGCCCUGGCCUCAUGCAUGGACAGACCUGGACUUCUCCUGCCCAAGGACCUGGAUAUUCACAAGGAUAUAGGGGACACAUUAGCACAUCAACUGGCAGAGGUCGAGGCAGAGGGUUGCCAUACUGAGUAUCUGUUUUUCCUCAGGCACAUCAUUUUUAUCUGGAAAGACUUUUCUAGCUGCAGUUUAAAGCAGCAAUCCAAGAGACUUGAAUAAUAUUAAUUCAACAACAGCUUUAUUUUUAUGUGGAAAAGGGUCUUGCAUACAAUAGUUUAAAAAAGACAAAAAAAAAAAAAAAAACCUUUGCUUACAUUCAUGCUGUUCUAAAGACUAGAUCUAUUGAUUGUACAUCUUCACAAAUUCUAGUUAACAAUUUUAUUUUGUAUUGCAGUUUUAAGUGGAUGCUAAUCUUAGGGACAUAAGUCUUUUAUGGCCCUCUUGCAGAUCUUCUGAACUAUGCACAUUUGUGCUUUUUUUGUAAGUUUGGACCAACUUUUAUGUAACAGCCAACCAACCCCUCCCUCACCCUUCCAGUUUUACAACAAUCAGAAAGGGCACUGAUUUAUUUGGUAUUUUUCUUUUUACAAAGCUACCUUUAGUCAAAGGUCACUGUCAGUCUUUGCACCUGCUUUCAGUGUUAUUGUGAAAGGUGUACUUUGUGCUCAUUUCAGAAAAUAAAACACAACCUUUCUCUUGAUGCAACAGUUUU